CUUGAGUUUCUCCCGCUGUAUCUGACCUCAUGCUUUACGCAGUGCGGUCGUCGAGUUGAUAAUCCGUGUCAGUAAUCUCUUUUAACAAUUUAUUUCAGAAAGACAGAUCAAACACACCAUUUCCCCUGACGUGGAGUACAGACCGAUCGAGUCCUGUAGUUGAGUUAUAUUUGACUUUUUAUCAGCACACCUUGGUGACGCCAGUCAAUCAGCUACAUCACCUUUCACAUGCUCGUGCAUCAUCAACAAAGACGAAUGCCCCGUAUUUGCAGUGACUGGUGUUGUUGAGCCACCUUGUGGUGUUUGCACACAGUGUUCCCCCCCUGCCUCCCUCUCUCUGUUUCUCCAUCUACUCUGUCGCAUUUUUUUCUCUCACUCUUUCUCAGUUGUUAGGGUGUUUGACACCUGAGGUCUGCCACUAUGCAGCCUGGAGGAGCACACAAUGCUGUGUGUGGCCAGAGCCUGCUGUCCAACUCCCUUAGGGUGUAUCUGAACAACAAGAACAGACUGCAGCCCAUAAUCGGUCUGGGCUGUGUGACAGAGUGUGUGACACUCGGCUUGGACUCUGAGGCGGUGUACCUGUGUGAGGUGUGUGUGUGUCGUCUCAGUAAGGCUGAUGUCAGGAGCCACAUCAUGGGGAGUCUCCACCGAUACAACUACAUUAAAGUCCAUCACCCUCACUUUGUGUCAGAGUGGAAGCAGAGUCCUCCUGACCUGUCCAAGCUGGCCCGGCCUCUUAUGGAGAUGGCUCAAAUACUAGAGAAGAGAGAAGGAACCGGGGACGUACAGGUGCUGAAGUUGGAUGCUGCCAUGUAUGACGAUAUGACAACACACAGCGAGAGUGAUGCUCUCAUCCUCUUGCAUGCCACCAGGACUGGGAGGGAGCAGAGAGAUCUUCAGAGCCAAUCAGUGAAGCAAUCAGUCCAGUCGGAGUAUCUUACCAUCCAGUCACAGAGAACUGUGAUAUCGCCUCGGAGGCUCUCCGUCCAACCAGAGAGGCCUGUUGUCCAGCUUGACAACCGAACCGUCCUAUGGAGGAGUCCGACCACCCAGAGUCGGAACUCAUCUAGCCAAUCGGAGAAGUCCCCUGUGUUGCAGCAGAGUGUCUCUAUCCAAUCACGGCUUAGUUCGUUGGAGGAGGAGUUUCUCCAUGGAAGCAAGCCACUGGUUGGUGCUUCACUGAAGCGUCCUGCCUCAUCAUGGCAGCAUGACCCCUCUCUUUCCCCGACCCCAAAUGUCACAGCUGGAAGUCAGACGUCUCUGGGCGGGCCUGAGGGGAAGGGGGCGGGACUGCAGGGGGUUCCUGCAAAGCUGAUUCGCUGUGAGCCGGUGUUCAAGGUCAGUCUAUCUAUGACGGACGGCCCCUGGCUGUUGGAGAGGAACUCCUUCAGCCUGGAAACCUCCCCCUCCUCCCUCAGACACGCCUCACCCCUUCACUCCCCCACCGUAGAUGCCUCACUCCAACCCUCUCCCGAUCCCUCACGUUUGCUUGGCCAGCCGGGAAACUCAGUUGCCGCAAGACUCGGAAACACACAUGAAAAUACACACACUCCGGGACUGAGACGCACUCCGGGACAUGCACACACUUCAACUAUGAGACUGAGCCCAGCCAUACCUGAUGAGCAGCUGACUAUGGGAGACGAGGACACAGAGAAAGACCGUCUGUAUCUCGGAGGGGAACAGAGGUUCACCGACUAUGCUUUGUACGAUGGCAGAGAGAAAAACACAACUGACCUGGUUUACCUCAGGAGAGAGCAGGACCGAACUGACCAUCUGUAUUCAGAAAAUAACCGACUCACUGACACAAAGUUCCAUGUCCGAGUGGGGCAGAACAACCGACAAGGCAGUAUUUACCCCGGUCUAGCCUGUGCCAGAGACAUCACUGACACAGCGUCUGUUGCCGGGCCGAUUCUCUUCACUACCGGCUGUCUCUUGAAGGAGAGCUUGACAGACACUCCUCUAAUGGAAGAAGAACAGGAGGAGGAGAGGGGGAAUGAGUGUCAUUCUGGGGCACAGAGGCUUGCAGAGGAUGACAGGACAACUGACAGUCUGUACUCUACUGGAGAGAGGAUAACAGACAGUGGGUUUUCCACAGGAAGCAGGUCAAAUGACAAAAUGUACCAAACAGGAGAACGAUCAACUGACAAUCAGUCUUUUACAACAGAAGUGACAACUGACUGUUGGUAUGCUACAGGAGAGGAGCUAACUGACCGUCAGUUGAUGGAGGAAGAGGAGCGAUGCAGAGCUGAAAUUCAGAAUGGAGUUGGGCUCAUCGUGGAGGUCAUGGUGGAGGAGGGGGAGAGAGAGGAAGGAAAGGAUGGAGAGAGGGAGGAGAACUCAGACUUUUACCACCAACAGUAUUUGCAAGGCCAGCCUCUACAACGGCACCAGGCGCAGGGGUUCACAGGAACUCAUAGGGGCGCCGUAGGGCUUCAUAUGGUUGACACAGCAGAUCUCAGACAUGACAUAGCCCUUCAUAGAGAUCAGGCAGGGCCAGCCCUUCACCGAGAAGAGAUGAGCAGUCGUAUGGGUGACAUAGCAGCUAUGCAGCAGGUGCAGUUAUGUGAGGCUGAGUACAGAGAAGCAUGGGCCUAUGGAGGCACACAGCUGACCCCUGACACCUAUAGAUCAGGUCCGCAGGAGUAUGAGACUGACCCUGGCUCCUACCUGCCAUUCCCAGAGGGCCACAGAAUAAACUGUGACCCCCACCAAGUGGUUUCUGAUUGGUUUAGAACCACCCCUGGCCCGCACUUCGUUCACUCUAACCCUGACGAGUUUACACCCCAGGUCCUCCCGUACCCCCACAAUACAAUGCCCCAGGGGUUUGGACCCAAUCCCCACUCUGGUCCCUUCCCCAUGAAGAUGAGGGGCGUGCAGUCACAGGAGUACAGAAGGCUCCCCAGCCCCCCAUUUGUUAUGGUGUCUAGACCCUGCCACCCUCAGCCCUUCUUUCCAGGACAUGAAGGCUUUCUGUCCCCCCGGCACAGCCCAGCCUUACCUCCCAGCCCUCCCCACUACAGAGGAGCCUACUUGGGCCACAGCCCUGCCCGGAGUCCCUGGGCAGGACCAGGACCUCCCUGGGUCUAAUUACCACACACCAUACAUAAAUCCACCAGGAUAGUUAUUUGUGGCACUUUAGACACUGUUGUUUUAAAUGGACAGGUGUUUUGUGUGUUUUAUACACUCUAGGUUCUAUUGUUUUUAUAGCUGUCUUAAACCAACAGUAUCCCAUCCAUUGUAUAAGUGCUGAUUUUAGGUACUUCCCCUGUAUGAUGUCAUGAAAUCUCAUUGACAACUGGCAACGAUUCAACUCACCGGUUCAAUUCUGUUACCAAUUCAGAUUUAUACAAGACUUGUUUGUUUUAAGUUGUUUGUCUUCUACCGUCGAAUCAAGAUGGAGCUGAGAUGGAUAAAUAGACAACACGUUGAACACUGGCUAAAUUUUAUAAUAUGAACUCAGUUUGUGAAAUAUCUAUUUUUCAACAACAAAUAUUUUGGUUAAUGCAAAAAAAAAUCUAUGGUUAUAUUAACAUUAAGGUUUAUUUUACACAAUAAGGGGGAUCAAUUAGGGGUUCAACAUUGACCUUUCCAGAACUGUCUAGAAGGAGGCGCUGUAUUAGUUUUCAGUUCGACCAGCUGAGGGAAGCAGAGCUGAAUAAGUUGUUUAAAAUGAUGUUCAGAAACACAACACUUGUUAAAAUAAACAGUUUUAUGUUUAAAUGCUUUUUAUAUUUGCCAUGUGUGCUUCCCUCAUGAAGUUGGGUUUAUUUCAGUGUAACAACAGCUUUGGCCAGUGUUAUACUUUGACUUUGGUUCACACACCUUUACAUUGGCUUAACUGAGUAGAUCUGAUUCCAUUUGUUGAAUUAUUAGUGUUAAUUUGAAGAUUAUUCCCCCAAAAUGUUUAUGUGCAGCAGGUACGACAGACUUGGAUUCGCCUCUUCCUAUAGGCAGACUACGCGCUGCCCUUUUCUUUUUCAAGGAACUGUUGGGUCUCAACUCACUUUUGAAAAGUAGAAUACACCAGGUGCAAUUUUGACAUUUUGUUGUGUAUCAGUAGUUUCCCACUUAUGACAGUCGCUCAAUGAGACCAUGUCAGCAAAACAUUUUAAGAUUGCUAGGUAAGGUAGUUGAGCCAGGGCCCUGACCUCCAGGGGGGCCUCCAUUGGUUUUGUAAUUUUGUCACUCUUUCACAGACACUCAUAUAUAUAUAUAUAUAUAUAUACACACACACACAAGUAUAUGUGGAUUUGUCUAUUUCAGCCACACCUGUUGCUGACAGGUGUUUAAAAUCGAGCACACAGCCAUUCAAUCUCCAUAGACAAACAUUCGCAGUAGAAUGGCCUUACUGAAGAGCUCAGUUACUUUCAACGGGGCACUGUCAUAGGGUUCCACAUUCUCCAACAAGUCAGUUUGUCUAGAGCUACUCGGUCAAUUGUUAUUGUGAAGUGGAAACGUCUUGGAGAAACAACAGCUCGGCUGCGAAGUGGUAGGCCACACAAGCUCACAGAACGGGACCGCCGAGUGCUGUAGAGCACAAAGAUUGUCUGUCCCCUGUUGCAACACUCACUACAGAGUUCCAAACUGGAGGAGGAGGGGGGGUUCUAAAAGGCUAGAGGCAGCACUGGAAAGGCUACUCAGCAAGUGGCAUUGAACUUUAUUUUUUUGGUCAGUUUUGUCUCCCCCACUGCCCAAUGUCAAUUUGUGGGCAUGAUACAACUUGUCAAGCAGGUCUAUAAUAUGGUUAAUGUAGCACAGCUGGAUUCAAGUUGUUUUUUUUAACCUGUUUUUCCAUUGAGUCAAUGCUGUAUUCAAGCGUCUCAUACUAGUUUAUUUUUUUAUUUGCUGCUGUAUUUGAGUACAUUAUGGCCUUCAGGCUAAUAAAGUCACAGUAUCCAUUGA